GAAUUUUAUACUCUAUAUUUAUUCCAAAAUGGCUAGGCUGUGUGCGCUUGUUGUCGAAUUGAUGGUCAAAUAAUUUUGAAUUAAAUAUUUUCACUAUGACUUCAGCACAGGAGUUAUCAUGUAUCUUUUGCAAAGAGAGCUUUGGAGAUAAAGAGUCACUACAAACACAUUUUAGGAAACAUGGGGAUCCGAAGUUUAAUCAGGCAACAAAAGCUAAAUUACGCGUUCAGAGUAACUCUCCGACAUCCAGCGAUACCUCAAGAGAUGACGUUGAAAUGGUGUCUUGUGAUGUGUGUAAUGAAGUAUUCCCAACUAUUUCAAAGGCGAUAACACAUAAACACAAGAUUCACCCGGACUAUGAUGCCAAGUAUUUUUGCCCCUGGUGUGGGAAACUGUUCACUUUAAAGUUUCUGUACAACAAACAUUUGGAAUCAAGUCAUGAGUCCAUGCCAAAAGUAACAAAUUGUUUCCAUUGUGAUUGCUGCGAUGUUGAUUUCUUUCUACCCUGUGCAAUGGUUUACCAUAAUAAGUUUUACCAUAGACAAGAGAAAGAUGCCACAUCUAUUGGUUUUUCAAAGAAAGUCAAAUUUUUAUGCCAGGAAUUGGUACAAAUCUAUUACUGUCCAUUCUGUGGUGAAGAAUAUGAAAAUAAGGUCAAUUUAAAUAAACACAUGGAAGACGAACAUAGUGAUGAAAAUCAAUGUCCGGAAGACAUACUCAGGUGUCCAUUGUGCGAGGCUGUAUUUUAUCACCUAGAUGCAUAUGAGUUACAUCUUACAUUUCACUCAUCGGAAGAUUUAUACAGUGAAGAAAAUGAAAUGCUUAAACAAAUUGUAGAAUUUUCAUUGGACACUGUACCUCCUCUGAUGGAAAAAUUAGAAAUUCCGCCAACUCCUGAAGACAAUGAUGCAAUGGGAGUAGAUCAAUUCUUACAAUUAUCAAUGUGUAAAGAGUCUGAUGAACAGCCAGAUCACACGGAAAAAGUUAAAUCGAAAAAGCACAAAAAACAUAAAAAGUCCAAAAAAACUAUAACUUUAGAUGAAUUUUUAAAUAUGAACACUGAUCUCUUUGGAGAAGGUCUAAAUAUCCAAGGUAUAGAAGAAGUUCCUACUCGCGUAGUCACUAAGCAGCUAAAGCCUAAAAAAGAACCAGUUUUAAAGAAUCUGAAAAACAAACCACUGCCUACAAACAUAGAUAAAUUACAAAAACAAGGUAUAACUAUUAAAAUGAAGUCGGGAAACAAAAUUGUUCCUAAUGAAAUAAAACAGCCGAUAUCUACACCACCAAUAUCUACGCUUAAGAAUUCAAAUGUAAUAAGUACGUCUAGUGAAGUUCUUUCAAGACUAAUGAAUCAAAGUAACAAUCAAAUAAAAAUAGUAAAAAAAGCCGCAGCAAGUAACACUAAUGUAGAUUAUGAUAUUAAAGAAAGUAAUAACACAAUCACAUCAAAGAAUGAAGAAAUGGAUGAUGUUGCAGAUAAUGAGGAAUUUUCUGAGGCAACAGAAAAUAUGUCAGCAAAUAACAAUACUGAAGCUUCUACUAGUGAAACAGAUAAGGAUAAAAAUGAAGAAGAAAAUAAACCCGCGAAUGACAAUGAAACAAUACAAGAUAAAGAUAAAAUAAAUAAAAGCCCACUUUCAACAGAAACAGCAUCAAAUCCUUUAAAAGAAAAGGCUUCAAAUGUAACUUCUGACAACAAUUAUGAAAUAAACGACACCAAUUGUACUAGCCGAAGUGAUGAUAAUAGUAAAAACCAAGAAACUAUUGCAGAAAAUCCUUCAUCAAUCACAAAUACCAAUGAUACCAUAAAUUUUGAAAAAAAAGAAACGUUAGAUGACUUUGAAGAAAGUCUAAUUGCUAAUAAAAUACCACGCACUGAAAAUACGACUAAAGAAUCUCAAAAUAAUGGAGAAACUAAAAAAAGUUUGAGUGAAAAGAAUGAAACUAUUAUCGAUCAAAAAGAGAAGGCGAAUAAUACUUUAAAUGCUAUUAAACAUCUUAGCCAUCUUAUUACAGUCAAACCCGUUCAGUCUAAGCCUAGUCCUAAGGGUGAAGAUGGCGAAACUAAUAAUAAAUCUAGUCAUGAUCAAAUUGAGGAUUUAAACGAUGAAAUUAAUUAUGAAGAUGAAGAUGAUGAAGACAAUAUACCAAUAAGUAAAUUAGAAAACAAAAAGGAUAAACCAAAAGAUUUAAAUCCAUUAAAGAAUUUAAGCAAAAAUGUCACAGUAAAAUCAUUAACGUCGCAAAUGACUACAUCUAAACUUGACCAGUUUAAUCAUGAUAGCGAUGAUCUAGAUAAUACAGAUCAAUUAAGCAAUCUAGAUUCUGCUAAUAAAAGUAUAACCAACAACAUUGUAGGAAGAAAAGUAGUUAAUUUGGGCAACAGAAGUAGAACAGAAACAAUAAUAAAAAAAUCACAAACCGAGAGUCCAACUCAAGGAACAUCAAAGAAAUUAAAAGUUAGGAAAACAGUGGAAAACAAUUCGCAACCGAAUUCUCCUAAUGAAAAUACAAGAUUGAACACUUCAAAUGCAGAUCUUUUAAAACGUUUGACGAAUGUCACGGCAAAACCAAUUUCAUCGAAGUUGUCUAUAAAGCCUACUGCUCAAACAGUGGAACAAUCUGCAACUGUUAAAAAAGAACACUUUACUGAACGGGUAAAGAAGCAAGGAAAAAUUAACGAAGAAAUAGAAAUAUUUAAUAUUGAAGACUCUGAUAGCGACGAUCAAAAUAAACUAUACGAAAAUGAGCCUAAAAAUACUAAAUUAGCAAUUAAAUCUGUUGAUGAGAUAAAAGAAACCAAGAUUGCUCCUCCGACCAAAUUACAGGCUUUACGAAACCUUAGUAAAAAUAUUACUGUGAAAUCCAACGCCCAAACAAUAGUUACUCGUAGUUCUGAGGAAAACAUUUCAGAUGAAAAUAAAACAUUUUCUGAAGAUGAAGAUUUUGAACAAAAAAAUGACAGAGACGACCAAAAUAUGGAAGAUUUUAUUGAUGAAAGUCAUAAAAUUUUACAAUCGACUUUAAAAAAUCUGAGUAAAAACUUAACAGUAAAAUCAAGAAAUUCUCAGAAUAUACCUAAUAUAAGAAAGCUUAAAUUCAAUAACCGUCAACAAAAUGAAAGGUUUUCAAAUAAUGGAAGUGACAGCGAGUCAGAAUACGCCAUUGGCAAAGUUAAGGUUACAGAAAUAACGGAUCAUAAUAGUGAGGAAGAAUUUCCAUCUGCAGAUGAAAGCAAAAACUUUGUGCAGUCUCCCAACUCUAACAAUAGUGAUGAAGAAGAUCAUUUUGCUGAUGAAGAUCAACAUUUUUCCGAUGAUGACAAUGAUAGUCACCAUACCAAUAUCAAAAUUAAGUCCAAUGAACAUUCAAAUCAGUCCGCGACUCCCUUACGUCAUGCUGCUGCCACUCAACAAGAAUGUGACAAUUCUCCUUUAAAUAAGUUUAAGAAAUUAAACAAAGAAAUAACUAUAAGAUCUGUUAAUGAAAAUAAGAGAACAAAUAGAAAUACUGAAAAUGAAGAAGCAAAUACAAGCAAGGAUAUCUCAAACAAUGCCAAUAAAGAAAUGUCUUCAAAGCCGUAUAAGCAGAAUAUUUCUAAACAAAUAAAAUCCGAACAUCAAACGUCAACCACAGCAAAUGAAAAAUCUGGAUCGAACCAAGUCAGUACUGUAAAUAAGGAGGUCUCAGUAAAAACAUACCAGUCACAAACUGUUAUUGAAGAAAUAACAACAACUGUAACUAAGACAAUAAGAACUGUAAAUCAAACUGUCAAACAAGAAGUUAACAAUACCCAAGUAAACACGAAUCCAACAUUCAAACCCAAUAAAAUUGCUAAUUUUAAUCCCAGUAAAAUAAUUCAAAAACCAACAACGGUCAGAAAUUCAUCCCAAAACAUAGGAACGAAAGUCGUAAAUAUUGCUUCAACUAAACCUACUACCAGUGGUAUUCGACCAGCAAACCAAUUAGCUCCAAUACGGCCGGGGCCUAAUGUAACAAAAGUUGGCAAUUUCAGAGUUCCUGUAGUAAGGAAUGUUACACCUAAACCCUCACAGAAUACAAUAGCAUGCAGAACCCUUAAAAUUUCACCGCAAGCUAUGAACCAAUCAAUGAAGAGGCCAUCACAAGAUUCACAGGGACAAUUGAGUUGUUUUAAGAAGCCAAAAGAAACUAUAAUGGAAACACAAAAGUCGGGGAAACAAGGAGAAAUGCAUAUGACAGCAACUCAAAACAAAUCAGAUUUUACGAGUACAGUCAAAAGUAUGAAAGGUAAAACUUUAGUUACAUCUACACAAAUGAAAUCCGAAACGAGCUCAAGUGCACAUUUGAGUAAAAUAGGCAAUAUGUCCGGAAUUAAAAUUGUUAAAACUAGUUCUAAACAAUCAACACAAGUGGAAGAGAGAGUUGAAAGUUCCAAUGCAAAGAGAACUAUGGAAGCAUUGCAGAAGUUACAAAUGCAAGGUCUUUUAGUUAAAAGGCCGCGUAUUGAAGAGAAUGAUAAAGUGGAGGAAGAAAAUGACUUUUCUAAUUCGGGAAGUGAAAAUGAUGAUGACACUUGAUCAUAAUGCAAGUCAUUUCUUUAACAGCAUAUUUAAAGCAUUGUGACAUAUUGUUAGUGCAGGUUUUAAUACAAUGACACAAUUUUGUUAAAUAAUUUGUAAAUAUAUAAAAAUGUUUGGAUUGAUAAAAAAAUGUGGAUGUGACUUUUCAUGUAUUUCUAAGCUGUAAAUAUGAAAUCUUUGGAUAUCAUCACAACAAAUUGGGACUCCAUGUUAUGUUAUAAGUGCAGAAAGCAAAAUAAAUAUACAAUAGUGUUA